UUUUACGUUUUCCGGACCGUUGUAUUUCCGGACCAUUUUAUCGUCUAAUUAACGAAUUACGUAGAUAAAACAUUAAAAUGCGUGUAAACGUAUAAAGUGAAUAUUAUAAUUUUAGUUGUCUAUCGUUAAAUGAGAGAUUUACCGGCUUGCUGCAUGGAGAGGUCUGUGUUCAGUUAGCAUCCAGUUUAGCCUAGCUGUGAAUAUCCUGAAUUUAUGUCUCCAUGGGUUUUGUCGCAGAGCUUGUUGUUCGCGAGUCGCUUCAUGUUGUCAGAACCGGCUGGGACCGGUUUAGAUAGCUGUGUAGAGGGAUACCGUCAGUCUUUGUACCACAGAAGCAGCCAUGGACUGUAUUCAAGUGACUCUUACUGUUCGGGGAACUACAUUGUUUGGUGAAGUAAUAGCAGUAGUUGGAAGCUGUGAGACGCUAGGCAGUUGGUGCUAUCAAAAAGCACUGCCUCUACAACCCACAGAGGAGGAUAGCAAUGUUUGGAAAAUAUCCAUCACAGUUUCGAAGGGAGUAGAAAUCAAAUAUCGCUAUUUUAAGGGGUUCUUCCUAGAAACGGAGAUGCCAACCAACUGUGGCUGGGUGGCUGAGAAAGUGAAUGCAGGUGGUCCAAGUCGAGUCAUAAUCAAUAAUUGGGAGACCCAUCAUCAGCCUCGGUCAUUGAGUUCCUCAGAAUCGAAUGUUGAAAUUGACGAUGGCCUGUUUGGAUUCUCUAAUGGUGUUGAAUGUUUGGACUCUGGCUGGUUGACAUGUCAGACAGAGAUCCGUCUACGUCUCCAUUACUCUGUUAAGCCACCAGUGUCCAUUACUAAGAAGAAAUACAAGACAUCCCGCUUUAGACUCAAAUUGCUGGAAGGUAUUGAAUUGGAGGAGGAUGAUGAGAGCCCUUCAUCCUGGCACAAGAUGACCACCACACUAGAGAUUAGUAUGAUCAGUGACAGUGGCUAUAAGUCCCGUCACUCCCAGCCAGAAUGUGGCUACGCCCUGGAGCCAGCGAAAUGGACUGAGUACAGCAUUCACACAAUGGAACCUGACAACCUGGAGAUUGUGUUUGAGUUUUUUGAGGAGGACCUAAGUGAAAAGGUCUUUCAGGAUGAUGUCCACCCAGGACACGUUGGCACCGCUUGCCUCUUAUCUUCUUCCUUUCUGGAAAGUGGCAAAGAUAUUGGAGUGGUUACCCUCCCAAUUAUGAGCAGAAUUUCUAGGCAGACAAUUGGCAAAGUCAGAGUGGACUACCUGGUUAUUCGGCCAAUCGCAGGCUUUAAUUGUGACAUGAGCCAGUGUUACACUAAGUACUGGCGGAAGAGGAGUGCUCUGGAUGUGGGCCACAGAGGAGCAGGGAGCUCACAUGCUGCCAAACACCACAAGAUCAGGGAAAACACAAUUGCCUCAUUUCUAAGUGCUGCUAAUCAUGGUGCUGCCUACGUGGAGUUUGAUGUCCAUCUGUCCAAGGACUUGGUUCCAAUUGUGUACCAUGAUCUUACAUGCUGUAUUUCCACUAAGAAGAAAAAUGAUAAAGAUAAAGAGGUGUUGUUUGAAGUACCUGUGAAAGAUCUGACAUUUGACCAGCUUCAACUUCUCAAACUUGCCCACUCUACAGCUUUGAAGGUGCAUGAUCAUAAAGAUUUACAGGAUGAGGAGGAAUAUAUAGAUGAACAUCAGCCAUUUCCUUCACUUUCCCAGAUCUUUCAGACUGUUCCAGACAAUGUAGGAUUUAAUAUUGAGCUGAAGUGGAUAUCCCAGAUGAAGGAUGGCUCUUGGGAUGGAAACUUGUCCACUUACUUCAACAUGAACCAGUUCCUGGAUGUCAUCCUCAGCUGUGUACUCCAGAAUGCUGGAAAGAGAAGGAUCGUCUUUUCUUGUUUUGACCCUGAUGUGUGUGCAAUGGUGCGCCGGAAGCAGAAUAAAUAUCCCAUCCUGUUCCUGACACAGGGUGUGUCAGAAGUCUACCCUCAGCUAAUGGAUAUACGCUGUCAGACCACACAGAUUGCUAUGAGUUUUGCUCAGAGUGAGAACAUACUGGGUAUCAGUGCUCACGCUGAGGAUCUACUGCGCAACAUGGACUGUAUUACAGAGGCCCAGUCUAAAGGCCUGGUGGUCUUUUGCUGGGGAGAUGACAACAAUGACCAUGAGAACAGGAUGAUACUCAGGGAGAGAGGCAUCGAUGGCCUAAUUUAUGACAGAAUCAUUGAGGACCUGACUGAGCAGUCCAACAUCUUUAAAGUGGAAGAACAGGUGUCAAUAAAAGAGGUGAUUUCCGAGGAGACGCUGAAGAGUUGUGCCUGCUCCACGUAUAGUAUUUCCUGCUCAGCUGUGCCUUGCUCCACGUAUAGUAUUUCCUGCUCAGCUGUGCCUUGCUCAGGUGAGGCUCGUGCAGGUAGCAGUGAGUCAGACUCGGGACUCAGCUCAUCAUGAACUCCAGCCUUUUAUAGCAAAGUUAAUCACAUACACACAGACCUUCUGCCUAGGUGACAAUGUUUUGCCAAAUGAUGACUGAUUUAAUGGUCUGUGCUUGAUAUAUAAUUUUAUUAAAAUGUAUUACAAGUGUCCUCAUAGGCAUUAUUAUACAUGUUGUUUAUUAUAUAUGUGUAUGUCAUGUAAGCAUUGCCCUGAUUUUUUAUUUUUUCUUUAUGAUUUUUAUUAUUAUUAUUAUUUAUUUAAUUUCUUUUCUAUUCUUCCCCUUUGGUGUAAUACCACUGAGCUGUUAAUAAAACUAUUAAUAUCACUGUAAUAGUUGCCAUGGCAAGGGAUCUUAUUCUCAUUCAAAGCUACUUCAUUCCUCAAUAUACUUUUAAAUAUUAAUCAUUGUUUAUGGUAACAUGUAUUUCAACAAUGUCAAAUCAGAAAAUGCAGAUUUUAAUCUCAUAAAUCCUACAUAAGUAUAUAAUGAAGAAUGCAAAUCAUAUUAAUGCACAAAACAUGUAAUCUUGAAGAGUCACUAAAUUAAGUUAAAGUAACAAGUAAAGUAAUUAAGUAAACACUGUACAGCACAACAAUUUGAAGAAGUGUGUUCUGCUUUUAAACACUGCUGCUGUUACGUGAUAUCUGCUGAAUAUUAGCAUGGCUGUGGCACUGUAUUGAAAGUGUUCUGUUUACGUGUGUUCUUUAAUAAUUCUCCCACUCUGCAUGACCGUGGGGCUGUGUUCCAUGUGUCUGAAUGCUCCACUGAGCUCACUUGUGGGAUUGGACAGGGUAAUUCAUUUCAUGGCCCAAGUUUGGAAAUAAAGACUGAAGCAAUUACAAUAAAUGAUUCAAUAAAGUUA